AUGGCAGAAGUAUAUACGCUUACGUGUGACGAUGCAAAAAUAAGAUCAGAAAACAUUGAAGGGGUAUCUUAUGAAGUAUCAUUAGCUAUUACCAAAGAAUCUGGGUUUUCAGGAGUAGUGAAAAUAUUUUUCACAUGCAAAAAUCCAGCAGUCAGGGCAUUUGUGGAAUACCACGGUAAGCAAGUUGAUUCUGUCAAAAUUAAUGGAGAAAGCUCUGAAAUUGCUUGGAAAAACAGCCAGAUAGACCUUCUAAACCUCAAGCAGGGUGAAAAUAUCGCUGAAAUAGAAUAUCAAAAUAAUUAUUCUAAUGAUGGCUUAGGCCUUCACCACUAUAAAGAUCCAGAAGACCAGGAAUGCUACGUAUACUCUCAGUGCGAGCCUUUUUCAGCUAACAGAAUUAUUCCUUGUUUUGAUCAGCCAGAUCUCAAAGCCACUUUUAAGCUUUCUAUAGUUGCUCCAAGAUCAUGGAAAGUAAUUUCCAAUGAAAAAUGCACCUCAAAGAUUCCAAUCCCCACAGUUCCUGGCGCUGUAUCAGAGCCUUAUUCUCUUCAUAUUUUCAAGCAAUCCCCCAAAAUGAGCACUUAUUUAUUUGCUGUCUGUGCUGGUCCUUAUGAGGAAUUCAGAAAUGAUAACAAUGAAGUCGACAUAGAACUUGGGCUAUUUUGUAGAAAAACCUUAAAGCAGUACCUAGAUUUUGAAAAAUAUUUCAGAUGGACAAUCGAAGGCUUCAAAUUUUACAAUGAAUUUUUCGGGUACAAUUAUCCUUUCUCUAAAUAUGACCAACUGUUUGUCCCUGAAUUUAAAUUUGGAGCUAUGGAAAAUAUUGGCUGUGUGACCUUCAGAGACCAAUUUUUAUUUAAAGAUCCACCUUCUAGCUUAAUGAUAUCAAGAGUAUGUGAAGUUAUUUUGCAUGAAAUGGCUCACAUGUGGUUUGGAGAUUUGGUGACUAUGAAAUGGUGGGAUGAUUUGUGGCUAAAUGAAAGUUUCGCGACUUUUAUGUCUUUUGUAGCAAAAGAAGAUAAGCUGAUUGAUGAGCAUCCGACUGUGUGGAUUGAAUUUUUAGGGAAAAAAGGCUGGGGAUAUGCGACUGACCAGCUUCCUACAACCCAUCCUAUUUCAACUCAUGUAGAAAACACGAGUCAGACUGAGUCAAAUUUUGAUGGGAUUUCGUAUUCGAAAGGGGCAAGUGUGCUGAAACAGCUUUAUUUCUUGGUUGGAAGAGAAGUUUUUUCUAGAAGUUUGAAAAUUUAUGUGCAGAAAUAUCAGUAUUUAAAUGCUGAAUUUAGCGAUUUGAUUGAAAUUAUUGCACAGCAGGCGAGGGAUCAUGGAAAUCUAAGGGAUAUUAACCAGUGGGCACAAAUUUGGGUAAAAACAGCUGGGCUUAAUGAAUUAGAGCCAGUAAUUGAAAGAGAUAAUGAAGGGAAAGUCACAAAAUUUGUGAUUAAACAGUCUGCUGCUUUGCCAGAGCAUCCUACCUUAAGAGACCAUAAAAUAAUUGUAGAGCUUUUUGAUUCUUCAAUGAACUCAAUUCAAAAGGCGACUAUAACAGUUUUGCCUCAAGACGAAACAGUUCUUGAACAAUUUAAUGGUCUGCCUGUAUCAUGCGCUAUUUUAAACGUAGAAGACUGGGGUUAUUGCAAAAUAAGAAUAGACGAACAUUCAUUUAACACUCUUAAUCCAUUUUUAUUAAGUAUGCCGCUAUUUCGCUUUAUUGUUAACUAAUUCUCCCGUAAGCCAGCGAAAAAAAUUUGCUUCUUCAAGAAGUGGGGGCAUUUAUUUUUUUCAAAAUUUUGUAUAUAAUGUUUAUAUUAAUUUUAUUUUAAAGCAUCCUGAAUAUAAAAAUUGAAAAGUUAUUUUAAUAUAAACAUAUAUUAGAAUGUAAGCUGUUUAAAUUCAUCAAUAUUUAUUAUAGCUCAUGAGCCUUUAUAGAUCGUCAUCAUCAAAGAAAUAUUCGCUUUAAUGGACAUCAUACCUUGCACAUCUUAGACUAGACCCUCAAUUUUUAGAGGAAAAUUCAGAUAUUAGAUUAGAUUAGAUUACGCUGGGUAUUUAAGGUCCCUACUACGUCCGAGGUCGCAUGCCACGGUUUCCCGUGUGGUGGCAGAGCGUUCACCAAGCCCGGGCCGAAACCCCCGGUUUCUCGGUAGAGGUAUUGUCAAGGGCCGUCUUAUACCGGCUUUGCUGACCACCUCCAUUUCCAACUUGGAUCGUCGCCUAAGUUUACGCCAACUCCGCUUCGUCGUCCGCCAGAUCUGCCCAUUGAAGGGCACCUUUUCAACUGGAGAGACCCCCGUUCUGGUGUCUAACUCGCCUCCCCUCUUUUCCGGUCAUCCCGAGAAAGAACUCAACAGCUUUCGCCAUUCGGGGCGAGCCACUAAAGCAACCUAGGCAGGUAAGUCGCCCUGCCUCAUUUCGGGCACUCACUGAGCUGAGCGCUGCUGGCAAAAAGAAGUCACGAAUAACUGCCCAUGGGUCUGGUCGCAAAAACAGCGGCUCUCGCGCUUAGGCCUCUCGCUUCGAGGUCCCAGACGUUGUUGGGCUAAUUCCUGGCUCCAAAAACCAUGCCCGGAUAUACAUGGGUAACCACCACUGAGAGGGUCGGUCGCCAUACGCCAUUUUAUGUAUAUGAAAAUUCAGAUAUAAUCAGUUGCUUAAAUUUCUGAUCGGCUCCCACGAGCCAAAGAUGGAUUUCACACGUGAAAAUCCAGAAAUUCCACGUGGAAACCCAUUUUGGCUCGUGGGAGCCGAUCAGAAACAACGCCAAAAUAUUAUAAAAUUACAAAAAUCACUUGUUUUAAACUAGUUCAACCAGAUAAAUAGAAGUCAUUAUUGAAAUUUGCUACAGUCAUAUGUUUGACAAGAAAAAUUGAAUAGCAAUCCAUGUGCAAAAUAAGCUGGAAUCUGAAGCUUCGCAAUUAUUAAUGUCUAAUAACUAAAACUUCAGUCAGAUUGUUUCUACACUUCACCAGAAAAAUAGUCAGUUCAAAUCUUUUUCUAGUGCAUAUACAUAAGCCAAUGUUUUUUGAAUUCGCUAAAGUUAGACAAAGAAAAUUGAACAAUAAUGAAUUUAUUAAUUUUUAUAAUAAAGAUAUUUUUUAAGUUUACCCCGUUUACUUAUCAAAAUGGUUGUUAACCAGAUUUGGUCCAAUGUAAUUUUGCCACUUUUCGAGUAAGUGGUUUAAUUGUAAAAUAUACCUUGACUUUAUUUUACUGAUCUUCAUGCUACUGCCAGAAAUAUUUUUAUAAAGAAAUUAAUAAGCUAGUUUAAAAUAAUUGAAAUUUUAUUAAAUCCUAAAUAUUUCUCAAAAUACUGAGGGGUCUGGUCUAAGGUGUGCAAAUAUAAAGCCCAUUAUAACAGCUAUUUUUACGAUGAUGAAAAUCUAUAGAAAUUUCAUGAGUUAUACUUAUAAUAAAAUAUUUUUGAGGAAAAAUAUUUCUCGCUCUAAAAGGAUUUUUUUUCCAAAAUAUAGACUUCUCCAAUAGUUUUCUUGAUCACAGAGGGGAGUAAGAUAGCAUCUCAUUUAAAAAAUAAAUGGAUUUUUAUCUUUUUAUUAUAGCAAUUUGCAGCACCAUAUCCAAUGAAAAUAAUAUAAACUUCAUCUCUCAAAAAUUCCUCAGCCUUUAACUCGCCAAUUAGUUUAUCGUGCAUUAUGGGAUAUGGUAAGAGACAUUAGAAUGUCAGGCGUUGAGUUUAUUGAAUUUGCAUUAGCUCAAGCUCCUCUUGAAAAAGACCCUGAAAUUGCCAACUUCAUCCUUGACUACGCCAGUGCAGCAUCAUCAUUUAUCCCACUUUGUCCUGAAAAAGAGAAUCUCAUCCACGAUUUAUUUGCAUUAACCCUCAGCAAGCUUAAUCAAUCAGCAUCAGAUCAAGAAUCCAUCACAUACAAAAAUAAAGCUUUAGGCUUUAUCUAUCGUAAAGAUGAUGUCGAAAGAGCAGUCCAAUGGGUUCUAAAUAACAACACUGGCAUUCCAAACUGGAAACUCGGGAAAAAUGACAGAUGGUCAAUCAUUAAAAAAUACUCACUCCCCCCUCCGUAAGCGAACAAAAAAAUUUUGUUCGCUUUAAUUUUUUUUAAAAAAAUUUAUAUAGAAAAUUUCAAAAUUUAAAUCAAUUUAUAAAAAUUGAGAAGCGAAAUUUAAUUUAAUUUGUGAAAUUUAUAUUUUAAAAUGCAAGCUGUUUAAAAUUAAUCAGAAUUAGCUAGAGAUUUAUUAUAAUAAUUAUUAUUUAUAUAUCAAAAAAAUUUUUAAUAAAAUAUAUUUAUAUUAAAAAAAAUUUUUGCUCGGGUGAGUUUUUGGGCAAAAAAUAGGUAUUUCCAAUGGUUUUGUUCACCACGGAGGGGAGAGUCAGAAAUCACUUAUGAAGCUGACGCAAUAGUUAAAGAAGAAUGCAAAAAGGAUGCUUCGGAUACAGGGCAUAUUGCCGCUCUUUAUUGUGAAUCCGCUUAUCCAGUUUUUGAAUUAAAGAGAGCAACUUGGGAUAGAAUUGUUAAUAAUGGUGAGCAGUUGUCUAAUUAUGAUAGAGAAGCUGUAAUGUCAGGAUUUAAUAAGUCUAGACAAGCUGAAUUGUUAGCAUCGUUUACAGAUCAAUACUUUGAUAAAGUGAUUGAAAUAAUAAAUAGGUGUGAGCAUGAAUUUGGCAAAUCUUUUUGCAAUGGACUUUUGCCUGCCUAUGAGAAAGAGGAAACAUUGAUUGAAAGAAUUGAACAACUUUUGCCUUUGAUACCUAAAGAGAGAUUGGAUAUAAUUAGAGAAUAUAGAGAGCAUAUUUCAGUACUGCAGAAGAGAAAAUGUGGAAAAGAACUAUCAAUUUCGUAUUUAAAUAACAAAAAGGCAUAA